CAUGCGUGCACGGCUGUGCCACAACUGGCCAUAAUUCCAGCACUGAGCGCACGGCUUACUGGCUAGAUGCAGUGCGCACAACUUGAUUCUCAUUUCUACGUUUGAAAACCGUGAAGUGGAGCUGCGCGGUUCAUCGCAUUGCUCAUCAAAGGACUGUGCUGCUAUGAAGUUAAAAUAUGAUUUUGUUCUCGGUAGCUACGGUCGACUAUUGUGGAACAAAUAUAACAAUUUUGAGGUAACAACUUUUAAUAACCCCCGUUUCCUCUCUUUUGGGGCAUUCGAAACAUGGCACUGACGGAGAACUGUAAGACUUACCAAUCACCAAAGGAUGGUGUACCUGUGCAAACUUCGUCCGACGUGAUAGAACUCAAUGUGGGAGGACAGGUUUACUACACACGCCAUGCCACCCUUACAAGCAUUCCAAAUUCUCUGCUUGGGAAAUUAUUCUCUGCAAAGAAGGACAAUUCCAACGAUUUAGCUCGCGACUUAAGGGGACGUUAUUUUAUCGACAGGGAUGGGUUUUUAUUUCGAUAUGUGUUGGACUACCUCAGAGACAAGCACGUUGUCCUGCCUGAUCACUUUCCGGAGAAGGGACGGCUGAAAAGGGAGGCUGAGUAUUUUCAGCUGCCGGAAUUGGUGAAGAUUUUGACUCCCGACGAUAAACGCACAGAUGAAUACCUUCACAGCGAUUAUGACGAGGCGUCUCAGGGAAGCGAUCAAAGGCUGUACCCCUCGUACCUGGACUCUCGGGACAGGAGGCACGGGUUCAUCACGGUCGGGUACAAGGGCUCAUGCGCCGCGGGAAGAGAGGGCCUGGCCGACCCCAAGGCUCGUGGGCUUCCACAAAUUUCCAUUUGCGGACGAAUCGGGUUGGCGAAAGAAGUAUUUGGGGAUACUUUGAAUGAGAAUCGAGAUCCAGAGAGACCACAGGAGCGUUACACCUCUCGACUGUUUCUAAAGUUUAAACACUUAGAGAGGGCAUUUGACAUGCUUGCAGAGAGUGGAUUUCAUAUAGUUGCGUGCAAUUCCUCUUUGACGGCAUCCUUUGUCAGUCGACACACGGAUGACAAAUUAUGGUGCAGUUACACGGAGUAUGUCUUCUACCGUGGCCCACCCGGCUGGUCUUCCUCUCACUGUGACUGCUGCUGCAAGAGCCACAAGAGCGAGCGCGAGGGCGAGAGCGGCACCUCCUUCAACGAGCUCUCCACCUCCUGCUCCGAGACCCAGUCGGAGGCCAGCUCCCCGCAGGGCACCGUCAUCUGCGGGCCCGUCAGUCGCCAGCCCAUCGCCCAAACGCUGGAGCGGCCCACCCGCAAGGGCCCCCCCGCCCAGCUGGCGCAGCACGGGCACGGGCGCCCGAGGACGGACCUGCUCCGCACUCGUACGGCGGGGCCCCGCGACGCCAUGCUGUCUGGCAGGGGCGGCAGGAAAGGAGGGCCGCCGAAGGAGAAGCUGACGGUGGAGCAGGAGCUGGACAAGUGCAUCCAGGACUUCCGCCGCAUCAAGAUCCCCAAGCACUUCCAAAACAGGAAGUACAUGUGGCAAUCGGAUCUGCUGCGGAAGUAUCAGCUGUGAGCGCGAGCGCGAGAGGAAAGAGGGAGACUCUAGAGACCUCAGAGUAAGAGAGAAGACUCGACAAAGACAUACAGAGAGACAGAUA